AUGAAGGCCUGGCGUCGGACUCCAGUGAGCUCCAGGCCUCUAGCGUGGUGCAUCCAGGAAACUCAUGUCACGAGCGUCGAGGAAGAAGCGGAACUGCGGCAGGAAUGGCGCCGGUUGUGGGGAAAGCAUCACGACUCCAGUCAGGCGCCCAUGUCCUUUUGGACGGUAGGGUCCUCCAAGACUAGUGGUGUGACCAUUUUACUCACUCCGACAGCCGCUACACGUGCCGUUGCGUGGAAUGAAGACAAAUGGCAUUCUCGCGCUAUUGGGAUUACAGUGCAGGACUUAUGUAUCUUAAACGUGUACGCUCACAACCUCAGGGGAGAGCGUGAGGCAUUUUUCACGAGUCUUCAUGAGUGGAACUUGCCGCCGGGGAGAACAGCCUUGCUAGGGGAUUUUAAUUGA